AUGAACUUUGGCUCCAACGAUAAUACCCCUGCUCUUGUUGCCCCUCGACCUGUUCGGUUGAAUUUUGCUCCGUGCGCCAUUCUGAACCGUGCUCCAUCAGUGCGAAUCGUCUCGGAGCCCAUCAAAGACGUUACUGAGCGUUCACACUCUGCUGGAGACAUGAAGAUUGGACUCCUUGAGUCUUCCUCAGAUGCUUCUCCGCGGUCUUCUCCGAGGAUUGGUUUACCAAGUGAAGCCCUUGAGGAAUUCUUGUCUAUCCUUAAGCCUUCUAUUUUUCCUCCUCAUUCUCCGGUUCGGAGUCGUCGCCAGGCAUCUCUUCCUACGUUGCACCACGAACGGUCCUUUUCCUACAAGGGGCGCGCGCGCAUCGAGUCUACUGUAGAAGAGGUAGAAAGCGUACGCUCCACACAAUCUAGUAGGAAUACUGGCUCACCUGCUGAAAUACUGGAUGGAACGAUGGAAUAUCAGUUGUUGGAUUUGGAAAACUCCCCGUUCCGCUGGUUCACUUCUAAUAUCCUUUCGUCUCCCAUAUCCCGCAACAACACUCGAAACCCGUUUCAGCGUCAUGUCACUCAUCCUAUCAUAUCAUCUCCUCGCCCCCUCACCCCAUCGCCGCUGUCUUCUCUCUCUCCUGCCGCCAUCCCUCUUCCUCUUCCUUCUCCUGACGAACUUGUUUAUGCUUAA